AUGACGAAAGAGGACAUUAUCAUCACCGGCAUCUCCGGAAGAUACCCGCAAGCAGACAGCUUUUCGGAGUUCAAGGAGAAGCUCUUCGGGGGCGUUGACCUUAUCACGGACGACGAGGCUCGCUGGCCACGAGGUUUCCUCGGAUUGCCCGAGAGAAUGGGAACCAUCAAAGACUUGUCGCGCUUCGACGCAAGCUUCUUCGGAGUGCCACCUAAGCAAGUGCAGGUCAUGGACCCUCAGCUGCGUCUUCUUAUAGAAUGUUCGUACGAAGCCAUCGUAGAUGCCGGCUACGAUCCGGCGACGUUGCGAGGACGCAAGAUCGGCGUCUUCGUAGGCUGCGGACUAUCCGAGACGUGGAGUGUGUUUGGCAGUGACUCGGCCACGAUCGACGGCUACAUUGUGACCGGAGCAGCGCUGCAUAUGUUCUCGAACCGGGUCUCCUACUGCCUCGACUUUUGCGGACCAAGCUUGACGAUCGACACGUCAUCCUCCUCGACCAUGGCAGCAUUGAACCUAGCACUGCAGUCGCUUCGCUGUGGUGAAUGCGAGGCGGCCAUUGUUGGGGGCUCCCAUAUCACGCUCAAUCCGCUCACCACACUGAGUGAGUUCCGAUUUGGCAUGCUGGCACGAGAUGGAAAAAGCAAAACAUUCAACGCCAACGCGGACGGCUAUGCGAGAAGCGAAACCAUAGGGGCCAUGUUUCUUCAGCCGGCUUCGAAAGCACUGAGGUUCUAUGCCAAGUUGAUUAACAUCAGGGGCAACGCAGACGGCUACAAGGUUGAAGGGAUCACAGUUCCGUCGAGCAGGAGGCAGGAGGAGCUGCUUCGCGAAGUGUACGCCGGCGCCAACGUCGACCCACUGAAGGUCACCUACGUCGAAACCCACGGCACCGGAACUAAGACGGGAGACCCUCAGGAGCUGGCGGCGCUCAGCAGAUUCUUCUGUGUUCCGGAGCGGAAGAGGCCCCUAAAAAUUGGCGCGGUCAAGAGCAACGCGGGCCAUGCGGAAACCGCCUCCUCAAUCAACACGAUUUCCAAGGUGAUUAUCCUCAUGGAGACAGGAAUGAUCCCGCCAAACUUGCACUUCGAGGAUCCUAACCCUAUCAUUCCGUGCCUUCACGACGGAAGCAUCGAGGUGAUCUCCAAGCUGACGCCCUUCGAUGGUGGUCUGGUUGGCAUCAACGCGUUCGGAUUCGGUGGGACCAACGUUCACGCCAUUCUGGAGUCAAACCCGGGACCACAGGUGGACACCGUGCCCCGGGAAAAGCCUGAGCUGCCCAGGCUUGUUCUCAUGGCUGGAAGGAGUGAAGAGUCGUUGAGAGUGGGUGUCACUCGUACUCAGGUCUUGUGGUCUAAAACUCUGGACAGGCUCGAAGCCGACGGACCCUACCCCGAUUCCGCAUACGCCCUCUUGAACCGAGUAGGGCAGCCCGGCGUAAAGCAGUUCCCGUUCCGUGGCUACGCCUUGAUUCCCGUGGACGGCUCACAGGAGACCGUCAUCAAGGUCGUCGAGAAGGUCCUCCCAGCGAAGAGACCGCUGUGGUUUGUAUUCACCGGCAUGGGCUGCCAGUGGAAUGGCAUGGCAAGGCAGAUGAUGCAGUUCGACGUGUUCGCCCGCUCCAUCCAGACAUCGCACGACCUGCUGGCGAGGAACUUCGGCCUCGACCUCAUCGACCUGGUGACAAGCGUGGAACCACGCGGCCCGGAAACCGUGGCGAAUGUCCUUGUUUCUAUCACAGCAAUUCAGGUGGCGCUCGUCGACGUCAUUUACGCUCUCGGACUUCGACCCGACGGAAUCGUGGGUCACUCACUGGGAGAGAUCGCCAGUGGGUACGCUGACGGGGGCCUCACCGCUGAGCAGGCCGUGCUGUGCGCGUACUGGCGCGGCCGAUGCACCGAUGUAGGAAAUCUCCCGAGAGGAGCCAUGGCCGCUGUAGGGUUGACAUGGGAAGAAGCGAAAAGGCGUCGCCGCAACGGUGUGGAAGCUGCCUGCCACAACGCCGAGGAUUGCGUUACUGUGUCCGGACCGGAGGACGCCAUUUUCGACCUGGUGAAGGAGCUACAACAAGAAAAAUUGUUCGCUCGCGUUGUGAAUACCAUGAAUGUGGCCUUCCAUAGCACUCAGAUGCGGCGCGUAGGAGCUGCGCUGCUCAAAGAAUACAAACAGGUUGUGCUGGAGCCAAAGCCCCGAGGAAAGAAUUGGGUGAGCUCCUCCGUUCCCGAGAGCCGCUGGACGGAGCCCAUCGCUCAGCACUGCUCGGCCGAGUAUUUCGUCAACAACCUCGUCUCACCCGUGCUCUUCUGCGAGGCCCUGCGGCACGUGCCUAGAGACGCCAUUGUGGUGGAGAUUGCGCCUCAUUGCCUUCUGCUGUCGGUUCUACGCCGUACACUGGGCUCUGGCGCCUCCUGCGUCGGCCUCAUGAAGAGAGGCACGGACAACCACUCCUUCUUCUUGGGUUCCCUGGGCAAGCUCCACACUCUGGGAGUGCAGAUGGACCCAUCCUCACUCUACCCGCCCGUCCCGUGGCCAGUGCCCCGCGGCACGCCGAAUAUUGGCCACCUGGUCAGUUGGGACCACACACAGCAGUGGGCCGUCGCAUCGUGGAAAGACGUUCCAUCCCUUGUAGAGGGAAAGGAUGAUAUUGUGAGCAUUGACAUCAGCGGAAACGAGGACGAGGCCUACCUGGCGGGGCAUCGGCUCUGUGGCGAGGCGACAUUCCCUGUUGGUGGCCACCUGGUGCUCGCGUGGAAGUCUUUGAGUAGGCGUCGCGGCAAAGUUAUCGAGGAGGUGCCCGUCAUCUUCGAACAUGUCAAACUGCAUAAGAACGUCGUCCUGCCUGAUGCGGGUACCCUGCGCCUUGUCGUGACCAUCAUGUACUGCUCCGGCGAGUUCGAGGUGUGCGAAGAAGGCGGCGCGGUGGCGGCAAGCGGUUCCAUUCGCGUUGCCGAAGGUGCGUCCUCGGCGAUCGACACGGAGCUGCCGGUGACCUGUGCCGAGAGCACAGCCUACGAGCUAGACGCUGAGGACAUAUACAAGGAGCUCGCCGUGCGCGGUUACGACUACCAAGGAGCUUUCCGAGGCAUCAUGAAGGCUGACAUACAAGAGCCGCGCGGAAAGCUGCAGUGGAAGGAGAACUGGGUGACCUUCGUCGACAGCAUGAUCCAGUACAUCAUGUUCAAAAGCCCUGUUCGAGUACUCCGCAUGCCUACGAGUAUUGAAUUUUGCCGCUUCGACCCCUACGUUCACGCUGAAGUUAUCAAGAAGGCCGGUGACACAGGUGUGGAAGUCAUCUGCAAUAAUAUAACAGAUACUUGCCGUGCUGGUGGUGCCGUCAUACGAGGUCUAAAGACCAACACGAUCAACAGCGGGGCCGACCAACAGACACCGCUCGUCGAAGAGUAUCGCUUCGUGCCAUACCUGGACAACAAAGAAAGCAAGGACAACAGAGAGUCUCUCACGCGUGAAUACGUUGAAGUCUGCUGCAACGUUGCAAGGCAAGCCCUCAAAAACUUCUGCGAGAGCAACUCCUUUCUUGGUGACGCUUUGAGCGCCGUCCGUAACGUUCCCGAGCACGUUGUAAGCCAGUAUCUUAACGAUUUCGAUAAGAAUCAUGCCCUCCUGCGUUUUCUUAACACUAUCCGUAAGCAAGAAGAUUGCAAUGACAGUUCCGUUGCAGCAUAUAUCAAGUCAGCUCUGCCUGCACACAAGGAAGACUUAGAAAAUGAUGUACUCAACACCGCUCUUUUGGAGGAAGAUCCUCUCAGAUUCCUUCUUGACACCGUGGUCGAAAACACCAACCCGAAGAAGCUCCGAGUACUGGAAUUUGCUACUCAAGGCAGCGACUGCCUGCUGGUCUCCUGGGUGGCGACGUACCUUUCCAAGUUCAAUUUGUUGCCCACUAUCGAAUACACAGUAGCACAUUCGUCUCCAGAGAGACUGUCAGGAAAGAUCCCUCAAGGUACCACAGUAGUGUCAUUGGGUUCGGCAGCAUCCAGGAAGAAGCUUCCUGAAGUGGACUUGAUUGUGACCCGAAGCGCCACGUGGUCCUCUGGAGAAACCAAGAACCUCGCCGAUGAAGUGUCUUCGAUUUGCAGAGAAAACGGUUUCGUUCUGCUUGCCCAACGCACAGCACUGACACCCGCGGAAUCGCUGCUCGGUAAAGUUGGGGGCGUCGAAUUUCAAGUGGCGCCCGCCGACGAGGUGGAAGCACAGUUUUUGAAGCAUGGACUACGCCUCGUGGCUUUCAAGUCGAAUAACGUGUCUGCCCUCUAUCUGUUCAGGAAGCGUUCCGUGCCCAUCGAAGAGGCGAAGCAGGAAAUAUUCCAGGUUAACAGCAAACGUAGUGACUUGGUCGAUUUUGUAAAGAAGAAGGUCCUUGACUACGAGUGGAAGCCGCAAGGAGAGAACAUGUGGCUACUCGCGGAGGAGGCUGGAGCAAGCGGCAUUGUCGGUUUGACGAACUGCCUCCGGUACGAGUCCGGUGGGAGUCACAUCAGAUGCGUGUUCGAUGCUGGUUCCACCGAGAUGAAUGCUGUGGCUGACUUCGAGCCGGGAAAUCCCAAAUACCGGCACGUGGUAGAAAAGGACCUCGUCAUGAACGUUUACCGCAAUGGGCAGUGGGGCUCCCACCGGCAUGUCGUCGCAAAAUCAUGCAACUUGGAAAAUGCGGAGUCCAUUCUCGGACAGGAGUUUUCUGGGACGGACCAAACAGGGCGUCGCGUCAUGGGCCUCGUGUCAAGCCAGGCGUUGGCCACCGUGGUUGCGGCAGACCCCGACCUUCUGUGGGAAGUUCCUGAUGCGUGGACUCUGACGGAAGCGUCAACCGUUCCUUUGUGUUACUCAACCGCUUACUACGCCCUGUUGGUGCGGGGAAACAUGCGGCCAGGCGAGUCUGUGCUCGUCCAAUACGGCAAUGGAUGCGUUGGUCAGGCUGCAAUCGCCAUCGCUCUAUCCAUGGGGUGCACCGUCUUCGCAACUGUCGGUUCCUCAAAAGAGCGGCACUUCAUCAAGAACCGUUUUCCACAGCUUCGAGACAGGCACAUCGUAAACUACAGCAGCCUUUGCUUAGAAGAACACAUCCUCCAACAGACUAAAGAUAAAGGUGUGGACCUCGUGUUCGACACUCUACACAGUGCCAAUAGUAAAGCUAUCGCUCACUGUCUGACAUGGAACGGCCGACACCUUGUUAUUGAUGCCGUUGGCAAAACGUCGCAUCGUCCACGCGAAGAACUGUCCCAGAAGAGCGAUGUCGUCAACAUCAGCGCCGUUCUCACAGAUUCCCUGUCCUUGAAGGGUACCAGGGCAGCGGAGGACAAGCGGCGACUCGCUGUACUAUUGCGUGGAGGAAUCAUAUCGGGCACCGUGAGGCCGCUGCCUGCCACAGUGUUUCCGCGAUCUCAGGUUAUGGACGCAUUCAAGUUGGAAGCCUCCGAAACGAACGCCGGAAAAGUUGUACUCCAGGUGCGACCAGACAAAUUCCAGGAAGCCAAGGACGGCACUCCACCCUUCACGGUAGAAGCCAUCGCCCGCACUUACUUCUACAGACACAAGGCUUACGUCAUCGUCGGAGAAGUGAAUAGCUUCGCUCUAGAGUUUGUGGACUGGAUGGUCAGUCGAGGCUGCAGGAAUCUUCUUCUCACCGCAAGUCAUGGAGCGUUUACGGCUUACCAGCGCCUCUGCCUGCACCGGUGGGAGACAGCCGGCGCCUCGGUAGUCUUCAGCGAAGCCGACGUGUCGACAACGCGCGGUGCUUUGCAGAUUAUCAAGGAAGCCGAAGCUAUGGGACCUAUCGGCGGCAUCUUCAACGUUUCUGUGUGCCACGAAGACAAUUGGAUAGCCGAUCACGCGACUGAGGUGUACCAAACCGACUACAAGACCAAAGCCGAGGGCAUGCGGAAUCUAGACGAGCACUCACGAAACUUGUGCCCGCAUCUAGACCACUUUGUCGUCUUCUCCUCAGUAUGUUCCGGUCGCGGGACUUCGGGGAGGACGCUAUCCGGUUACGUCGACUCGACAUUGGAGCGCUUGUGUGACCGCCGCGUGGCGGACGGGUUUCCCGGAGUGGCCAUCCAAUGGGGCGCCAUCGAUGAGGCUGGCCUCGCCCGCGAAGCCCAGAAUCACCAAGUGGCAUUCGAGGCAACACAGCCCCAGCAUAUAAAGUCUUGCUUCGAGGUCCUGGAGAAGUUCCUGAACGAAAACCACCCCGUAGUCUCCAGCUUGGUCAAGGCUGAAGUCACUUCAAGUUCAGAGAAGAAACCAGACAAGAACCCCCUGGUUGACUCGGUGGCACGAAUUCUCGGCUUUCAAGAUUCGUCGAAGGUGAACUAUAACACCAAUCUCGGCGAGUUGGGUUUAGACUCUGUAAUGGGCGUCCAGGCACUAACAGUCAUCGAGAAACACACCGGCCUGGCUCUGUCCGUGAAAGGAAUACGCAUGCUGACCCUCAAUGGAUUGCGAGAAAUGAGCAAAGAAGGUGUAAAAUAAAGUUCACAUGA